UGGAAAAUUUGUUAAACUUAAAAAAACGAAAAUUAAAUAUUUUUUAAUAUACCUAAAAUUGUCGAUCCUGCCAGGAGCAAUUUUUAACAAAGAUAAAAUUUAGAAACGUGAAAAUCGCUUUCGAGGACAUUUGUCGAAAUUGAAUUCGACAACGGCUACAAUAACAAAAGCAACCACAAAUUAUUACAACUCUUACGAACGCGAUACGGCGCGUCCAACAACAUUUUUGAAAACAAUAACGACGACGAAUAGACGCGGCGAUUUUAUUGUAUUGCAUUAAGAUUGCAAAGAAUUUUUGCAUUGCAUCUAGUUAGCGAAUACAAAUGAAAACGUCGCUUGUGAACGCGUCCGAUUUCGACUACUCCAGUCGCCCCGUGUACGAGGGCGAAUAACGGCGCACACUUCAGCAAUACGAGCAGUCUCAGCUGCAAAGCAGCAUCAGGAGCGAUUGCAAGCAGAGCAAGACGACGGGCAACAGCUCCAUCAGCAGCAACAGCAACAGCAAGAAGAACAGGAACGAGAACGAGAGCAGCAACAACGCAAACAUCAAUCGCCAUUUGUGCAGCAACAUCAUUAUCAACAACAAUAUUUGCGUCAGCAUCGUUACCACGACGACAAUCAGUCACAACAGAGGCAACAAAAGCAACAUAAGCAGACAUCACGACAACAACGCCAACAGGAAAGUUCUGCCGUUGUCACAUCGACAAUUGUCUAUUAUCAUCCAUCCUCAUCGCGUUUAAAGCACUCGCCAAGUAGUUUUGCUGACGCUGAACAACAACAACAAGUACAAAAUAUCAACAAAUGUCACAGAAACAGCAGUCGCAAUUAUAGUCGGCCGUAUAGAAGCAGCAACAGCCACCAACAUCUGUAACCUUAACAACAACCACAAAACAUCCAGUCUUUAAACCGUCACCAAUCAAAACAUCUAAAUAGAUAAGUUUAUGUUAGCGUAGUUUAGUUGUGUUAAAUUUUACACUUAGACAAUUUUAUUUUAUUUUUUUUAAAUACAAAGAACAGUUUAUUUUUUUUGUAAACCUUCUUCCAAUAUGUUGCGUUCUCCUCAAGAAAAAGGUGCUGGGGAUAGACUUGGUAGGUCUCUGAUUGAUAUUGAAGAUCCCUGUGAGGUGUCACAAGAUAAUAUACGUAAUCCGUAUGACAGGUCUGAAAUUUGUGCUACUUCGGUAAAAUUACCACAAUUUUGGUCUAACUGUCCUGAAGCAUGGUUCGUACAUGCCGAGAUGCAAUUUGCUACAAAGGGAAUUAGUAGGGAUUCGACCAAGUACGAGUUCGUUAUAACUGCCUUGCCUCAAGAAGUUAUUGCGAAUGUACUUGAUGUUAUACAAAAAAAAGUUCUCAUUGACCGACAUUCUUUAAGCGAGCAGAGAAGACUUGAUAAAAUUUUGUCAGAUACUGAGAUAGGGGAUCGCAGACCUUCCGAGUAUUAUAGGACCCUUGGUCAGUUAGCGGGUAGCACUAUAGACCCGAUUUUCUUAAAAAAUAUUUGGUUGAGGAAACUACCUAAAAGUUUGUAUGUUGCAUUAACCAGCGCUAAUUUAAAUAAUAUUAAUGAUCUCUUGCAACUCGCAGAUAAAAUUUGGGAAAUUACCAGUGGUAGUGAAAUUUGUGCUGUUAAAAGUAAAGUACUUACUUCUUCAAAUAAUUUUGAUGACUUAGGGAAAAUUGUGGAAGAUUUAGCGAAGGUUACGACGAAAAUGUGUGAAAGUUUUAAUCGUUUGCAGUUGGACAUUAAUGAGAUUAAAACGCAAAUAUAUGAUAGACCAUCACGAUCAAGAAGGAGGUAUUUUAGUAAUAAUAAAAAUUCCCAGUCACGUAGUAAGUCUCAAUCUAAAAAUUGGGUCUGUCGGUACCAUUUCCGUUUUGGUAGUAAAGCACGUAAGUGUGAAGAACCGUGUGCCUUUAAAAGAAAUAAUUCUGACUCGACAAACUAGGACAUGCUGUUGUUGCAGCGACUAACAAUGGCAAUUUGAAAUUUUCAACACGUCGCUUAUUUGUGUUAGACAAAGAAAGUAAGCUUAAAUUUUUAAUAGACAGUGGUGCCGAAAUUUCAGUUCUUCCUUCCUCCAAAUUCAAAAUACACAAACGAUCUUCCGACAUUAUUUUAACUGCUGCAAAUGGUAGUAUGAUUUCGACCUAUGGAAAGAAAUUAUUAAAUGUUAAUUUGGGACUUCGUCGGGAAUUUCCGUUUGUAUUUCUUAUUGCUGACAUUUCUAAACCCAUCAUAGGGGCAGAUUUUUUAGGGAAGUAUGGACUCUUAAUAGAUAUAAAAAAUAAGAGGUUAAUAGAUCCCUUAACUAACUUGUCUGUCGACGCAAUAUCUGCGUUUUGUAAUAUCUCUUUGCCAAAAAUAUUUUCGGUUGAAAACCAAUAUACAAAGCUUAUAAAGAAUUUUCAUUCAUUAAUUUCUGAACCUGAUUAUAACAAAAAAGUUGAGCAUUCGACAGUUCAUCAUAUCAUAACAAAUGGAGUAUUACCAUUCUGUAGCCCGAGACGCUUAGAUCCAAUCAAAUACAAAAUAGCAAAGGCUGAAUUCGAUUUUUUACUGAAAUCCGGGAUAUGUCGUCCAUCUAAAUCCCACGGAGCAUCGCCACUGCACCU